CCCAGACAUUUUCUCAGAAUCCUUUGCUGCGCUGAGAAAAGAAAAGGGGAAGCGCCCUUUCGCGCAGUUGUCGCCUGAAGCCUUCCAGGUCCGAUUCUCUCCCCUGCGAUGGAAAAUCGUUCCCGGUCCCUGGCGGGAGGAGCUUUUCAAAACUUCUGGAAGGAGCGUUCCUAGGAACGCGAGGCCAACAGGAAGUCUCCCCAAGAAAAAACCACAGACUGUGGAGAAGACAACACGAGAAAACGAACGAGAGCGAGAGGAAGAGAAGAAAAAUGGAGGCCAUAGGACCGAACGAAACAAACGAGGAGAACCUGAAGAGACAGAGACAAUGAACGCGCGGUCGAUAAAGGGAGAGAAUCAGAAGAGAAAAAAAGAGAAAGGGGAGGAGUAGAAAGAGGAGCAAAGAGAAGCAAAAAAGGAGAGCGAAAAAACGGCAAAGAAAACAAGAGGCGUAUGGCAGAUACUCAGCUUCUCCAACAAGUCGAAACUCCUUCGCAUCUCGCUUUUUAUCUUUCACAUCUCCGACAACCAAAGUCGAUUCUCCAUUCGUUCCUCUUUCUCUCUGUUGUUACUCGCUUUUUUUACUUUCUUCGUUUCAGUUCUCCUCACCUUUCUCCUCUUCUCCGGCGGCGUAGUUCACCAUGGACCAGCCGUCGCGAGCUCCGUCCAUUUUGGUCCUCGUUUUCUCAAAAGACCGUGCGGCGCAACUGUUCCUUUGUCUCCAUUCCUUCUUCUCUUCUUGUGGCUUUUUCCAAGCCUCAUCUUCCCCUCCUCUUUCCUCCACUUCUCCUCUGUCUUCCGCGGUUCUCAUUUCUUCUGCUCCUCGUGCGUCUCGUGAGGGUCUCACCACCGCUGCACCGCUGUCUCCUUCCGAGGAUGCCAGCUCCUCUGUCUUUGUUUCCUCCCUAUCUCCGUCUCCACCGUCCUCCUCUUCGUCGUCCGCUCCCGCUCCUCAAAACGCGUCUUCUUCCCUGCCUUCUUUUCUGCCGUCUGAAGAUCAAUCUUUUCCCCAUGUGCGAGGAGCCUCUUCCGCGCCUGCGCCCGUGGAGGUGUACGUACAGGUGAUCUACCGGGCCUCUUCGCCGGACUUCGAGGCCUCUUACAAGUUAGUUGAGUUGCUGCUGAUGCGUCUGCUGGCUGCGACUCGAGGCGCGAACAGUUCCACGUCCACUCUAAAACGUUCUCGUCACUCUGAAAGACCUUUUUCUACCUCUUCUCUCGCGUUCUCUUCUGAGGCUUCUUGCAGGCCUCUCUCUGUCUCUCAGUUCUCUGAGCACCCUGCUAGCGCCCCGCGUUCCUCUGCGUCUUCACCUUCGCCUCUUGCCGUCUCGUCGCCUCCUCUGUAUCGUUUGAAUCUCCUCGCCUUUCACUCUGAGCGAGACACUGAGUCUUCAGCGGAAACCCGGAGAGAGAGAGUCCUCACGAGAUCCGAGUGCAGCGGCACUCACAAGGGCGAGGAGGCGAGUCUCUCUGACUGCAGUGAGAAGGCAAGUUGCGACGAAAAUGAAGGGAGCACAACGUCUCCUGUUUCGCCAUUUCAGUCUCUGCUGCUCCGGUGCCUGACGUCUGUGCACACUCCAGGAGGAAACAGUUCUUCUUCCCGCUGGCAGGACGUCUUCUCCUCGCCUUCCGCCUCUCUUACAAAAAAAGACGGUUGGCGAACUUCUUGCCCCUCGCUCUCGCCGUGUAAGUCAUCUGUCUCGUCUUCCAGAACGGCCUCUGAAUCCUCGCAGGUCACACCUCUGGAGCCGUCGUCUUCUGCUGCGCCUGGAGAUGAGUUGAAGAGCAAACGCAACGUUCCGCAGGGAGACCACAGAGGCAACAAGGAGCUCGGAGGAAGCGCGACGCCGAGACCAACUGGUGCAGAAAUGGGAAGCGUUAAGCUCGCCGCUGACGCGACGAACCGGAGAGAGGCAAAACGCCCCCAAGGGAGCAGCGACGCGACCCGCGAGGCCGCCACCAGGUGUAUGUACACCCACGUCCUCCUCAUGGUGGACGACUGUGUGUGGCUGUAUCCACCUUCUGAGUUUUUCGAGAGGAGCAAAGAGGUUGAUUUGACAGGCGUCUCUGAGAAGGCGCGAUUGGCCGAUCCAGAACUCUCUAAAAAUGAAAGAUUCUCCUCGUCGUCAACUCACUUGUCAUCUUCCUCGUCUUCUAUCUCGUCUUCUCCUUCUGUCUCGUCUGCUUUUUCUCGCUCGUCUCGUUCUUCACUGCCAGGUUUCCCCUCCUCGGCUUUACCGGAAAUGUGCUCUGCUGUCUCUUCUCCGUCCACGGCUUCGAGUCUCUCUUCCUGUGUCUCCUCGUCUCGCCCUCCGUCCGAAGCCUCUUGCUCCUCUCGUGCGAGUCCCCAUCCUGCCUUCUUUACUCUUGCUCUCGCUGCGCGUCUCUUGGACGUAUGCCCCUCGCUUCUUCACGUCUCUCCUCGUCUCCACUUCGGUGUCAACUACUCUCAGCCAUCAGACUCUGUGAUUCCUCUCGCGCGCGCCGCGGUACUCCCUCCUCUGUCUCUGCCCCGUGCUGUAUCCUCUGCGACGGCGAGAGACACAGGCAGCGAGGAGGCGCCAGCGGCGCAAGACAGUCAGGAGACGCCAAGCGACGCGAUCUUCUCCGUCGGAACCGGAAAAACGGCAGUCGAGGCAGGCGAACAAGACUCGCAAGAGGAAGGAGAGAGAGAAGGAGAAAGGAAAGACGACGACGAAGGCGAGCGACAAGAAGGAAACGACGCGGAGCUGGAAAAAGGAGGCCAAAGGCGUGGAACGACUCUUUCCGCGCAGCCCAAACCAAGCGCGUUCGGAGAGCGUCUUGCGAGCUAUUUGGACAGUCGAUGGCACAUGCUAUUGCCGCAAAAAGGGAUACAAGAGGAAACGGACGCCUCGCAGAGCUUUUCAUUCCUCGCUGUGGCAAGAAAGACGAGUUUCGGAGACUUCGGGAUGGCUCUGGAUCUCAGCUGUACACUCUACCGAUCUGCGGAUUUGCUCUGUCUCCUCCAGACGCUUUUGAAAGUGGAGCCUGACAGCCUGAACCACCCGAACCGUCUCGAAGUUGCAGGAAAUCGACACUUUGAGAAAUGCACCUCCUCGAACGGUGCCUGUCGCUUGAGUCUCCUCCGUCCCCUCGUCGCCUUUCCUGUUCAUCCGCGGGCGGUGGUCUUGACGAUUAAUCGCGUCCAGAGUCUCUAUCUCAAUCCCGUAUACAAGACGGCGUCUGCGCGAUCCCCUCCCAAGAGACUUCGAGAGGCCGAAGACGAAAAGGAAGGAAAAGAAAGUGCAGACGAAGAGAGUGCAGAAGAAUCGAAUGUCGAAGAACAAUCCCAUGGAGAAGAAGGAGACGAAGAGAAAAAGGGGGAAGAAAACAGCUGGAGUUGCGAAGCCCUCGACCAGUAUUUCCGUAGCGGACUGGCCAGAUGGCUGUCGACACUCGCCGGGACUGGAGGCGAGAAAGGCGAGAAGGAAACAGGGGAGGACAACGGCGGGAGGUCUUCAAUCGGAACGGCGUUUCCUUGUCAUGUCUCUCCCUGCGCUCUUCCUCUCGGGUGGUUCUUCCCCUUCCUUUUGCCGACAGCGCCGCAGUUCCCCUUCGACACGAACAGCUGCUUCUUCCCGAGUGUGCAUCUUCCGCCUCCCUCCUUGGCUGCGCUCCUCGCCCUCUGUCGCAGUCAAGGCUCCUCUGCUUCGACUGAGCUCAAAUCGACAUCUGCCUCGUUGCCACAACAGUCUUCCUUUCCUCCCUCACCUUCUCUCUCUUCCUCUCUCCCGUCUUCUCUCUCUUCCUCUUUCUCUUCCUCUUUCUUUUCCUCUUUCUCUUCCUCUAUCUCUGCUUCUGCUUUCUCGACCUCAGCCUUUUCUUCUUCCGGUCUCGUGCCAACAGUCUCGUGGCUCAUUCCAGUUCGCAACGGAGCCAAGACGGUCGUUGAUGCGGUGAGAAGUGCCUGCAUGCAAGCUCACUGUCCUCCAGGCUUCUUCGACCUUGUCGUUGUCGACGACGCUUCGACCGACGAGACUGUUUCUCUCCUUUGGAGCUUGUCGCGGCUGGGAAACUCGAAACUGCAUGCAGAGAAAAGCGCCAGUCGGGAACAGCGAGACGCAGCGCGAGUCCUUGCAACGCAAAUCUCAUUUCCUGAAUCAGUUGUCGUUCCUCUUCGCAUCGUCUGUCUCCCCACCCAACACGGCGUGUCGGGGGCUCUGCGAGAGGGUCUGAAAUUCUGUCGCGGCGAAUUCGUUGCUCGACUUGACGCCGAUGACAUUGCUCAUCCGCAUCGACUCUUUACGCAGGUGUCGUUUAUGUGGAGACAUCCCGAAGUCGCAGUUUGCGGCUCUGCCUUUGCGACUUUCAAGUCUACGCAAAUCUCAUCGUUAACCAUGUUCUUCGGUGGGUCCUCCUUCCCCUUCUCCUCUUCUUCCUCCAGUUGUCUAACCUCCCCAUCAACAUCUUCUUCCUCAUCUGAUCGGUUGCCCUCAUAUUCUCCCUCUUCUUUCUCGUCUAAUUCUGCCUCCACUUCUCUCGCUUCCUCUGCCGUGGGCGGCCCUCUGUCGGAGAUUCGGGUGUUUCGCAUGCCGGCGCAUCCCCUCCUUGUGCGGUGGCGGCUUAUAUUCGAGUGCCCCAUUGCUCACCCCACCGUCAUGUUGCGCCUGAGUGCCUUGAGAGGCCCUCGCAGAAGACGACAGCGGGGCCUGUCUUCUUUCACUUCUCCUGCCUCUUUUGAGCUGUCUCCUUCCAGCCUUUCUUCAUUGUAUCCAUCUCGUCCUCUCUCUUCUCAUUCUCCUCUUUCUUCUGUCUCUUCUCUCCCUUCUCUCUCGUCUCCUUCUCCUCUUUCGUCUCUGUCUCUCUCUUCUCGCGUUCCUCGUUCGCAUGCCGGGCCGAUUCGGAGACACGGUGAAGUUGAAGUUGAGAAGGCAGACAGGACUGAAUCACGGCGUCGCGCAAGAUAUAGAGGAGCUGAGGAGGUUGAAGGCUUCGACCCCUGCAGGCAGGAGGAGGGUGAAGAAAGAGAAGAAGAGUUGUGGGACUUCAUGUAUCCCGACGAAGAGGCAGAAGAUCUUUGGCUGUGGUUGUCGCUUCCGUUCUGUCUCCACAUCACCAGUCUUCCCCGGAUUCUCACGUUCAUCCGACGCGACGCCUCAAGAAAAUCAGAGACCGUUCUCACACCCAUGAGACAGUCUGCUUGCCAGGCUGUCGCGGAGUGGAUUUCUCGGACUCUGCUUCGACCCCUCGGCCGAGAGAGACCGCGCGAGAACGAAGAAGAGGACAGCGACGCGUUCCUCAGGGAGGUAAAGAGGGCAGAGACGCAAGCACGAAGCGAGAAGAGGCUUCCAAGGGGAGAGGCGCAGAGGAGCGCCUGUGUCGCGCGCAAAACGACGGCAGCUGUAGGGGGCGAAUUCAGACGAACAGAGGCUGUUGGGGAGUCUGGCGAGGCCGCCGAGAGGACGAACGUCAAACGCUGCAGAAACGCAGGAGAAUUCGAAACAAGACAACUCCAAAGAGGGGAAGAAGACAAAGACAAACAAGACGAGGAUGGAGGCAACGGAGAAGGAGCGGCGACACAAGGGGAAGGACGGAGAGGCGAAGACGAGACGGAUUUGAGAGAAGAACUGGCGAACGCGAUGACCGCCGCCUCUCCGCAAGCGAACGGAGACCUUCAUGUUCCCUUUGAGGAGUCCCCCCUCCUGCCGAGCGUUGUCGCCUGUCUCCGUGGCUACAGGACACCAGCGACUACAGCGGAAGGAGAAGCAGCAUUCCGAAUUCUCGAGGCCCUCGAGUCUUUCUUCUGCGUCGCUGUCGACAAGCCGCAAAGCCUGUUUGGGCAGGAAGACGUUUCUGCGUCUCCUGCGUGCGACCAAGGGAACCGUCUCACGGUGGGCGUCUGUUCCUGUCCCUGCGGCCAGGGCGACACCGACUCAGGCUGUUCUCCGGAGGCUCUCAAGAAAUUCUUCAAACGGGAAGCGGCGCGCAUGAGAGGCGAGUUGGCGACACGCCGUCUCGGCGAAUGCGGCGCUUCUGACCUUUUUCUUCUCUGGUUGGCGAAGGACAAGCCAGUCGAAACGUCCCCGGAAAUUCUCGCCGGUCUGCUGUAACCUCUGGUUUUUCGGAGGUUUUGAGAAACCGCAAGGCGAAGAGUGAUUUUCUCUCUUGGCAAACAACGGGAGACAGAAAUCAGCAUCUUCCCAUCUCCACGCACCUUCACACAAGACUCUCUACUUUACCGGGACCUGGUGCUGCAUAUGUAAGUAUAUUCUCCGUGAUAGAAAGGAUGUCUUGUCGCUGUAUCCAUG